AUGGCGGGCCGAAAGUUUGGGAUCGGCGAGAUUUGGUCGCAGAUGGGCCUGGUGGAAUCCUUUGGACUGGCCAUGGCGACGGCAGCAAUGCAUCACAUCAUGCCCAAGCUGCACAUCGGCAGCAGCAGAGACAAGGAUGGUCGCAAGGAGAGCCGAUCAGAGACUUCGGCCAACAACCGCGCCCGCGAAGAGGAAAAGAACAGACUUCUUGCCUGGGAAGCACAAAAGCAGCCCUUGGAGUACGAUCAGAUAUUAGUCGAGCCCAACUCGAAGCCUGUUGGUCACAGCUCAAAGGUUCUACGGCGCGAAGAUUUCGAUCUUGUCAAAACACUCGGCACUGGCACAUUUGCAAGAGUGUGGCUCGCGAACUUGGUCACUUCGAAGAAGGAAGAUGCGGAGAAGGUCUUUGCCCUGAAGAUAUUGCGCAAGACUGAUGUCAUUCGCUUGAAGCAAGUAGAACAUGUUCGCAACGAGCGCAAUGUUCUGGCUGCCGUGGCAGGACACCCAUUCAUUACAACAAUGGUCGCCAGCUUCCAAGACCAAGAUACCCUAUACAUGCUGGUAAGUGCUUUGCACAUCCAUAACGACUCUACCCAAACUGAUUGUUCGCGUCUCUGGUACAGNUUGGAUUAUUGCCCUGGUGGUGAGNNGGUUUUUAGCUAUUUGCGCCGCGCCCGCCGUUUCAACGAAUCCACGUCACAGUUCUACGCCGCCGAAAUCGUCCUUAUUCUCGAAUUCCUGCACGACCACCAAGGUGUCGCAUACCGCGAUCUCAAACCGGAGAACAUCUUGAUUGACGCAGAAGGACACCUCAAGCUUGUGGAUUUCGGUUUUGCAAAGAAGGUUGGAAANCAGUGCGUAAUCUCCCUUCUCCAGCGUUCAGGGUCAUAUGGAGAGACAUACACGCUAUGUGGCACGCCAGAGUAUCUUGCGCCAGAAGUCAUCCGAAACACUGCUGUCGAUUGGUGGGCAUUGGGCAUCCUAAUCUACGAAUUCCUGGUCGGUCAACCACCGUUCUGGGAUCAAAACCCUAUGAAAAUCUAUGAACAGUACGCAAUUCUAACGAGCAACCCAAGACUCAACCUAGAAACUAACAAGCAUCCAGANAUCGUCGAAGGCAAACUUCGCUUCCCCUCUGCCAUGUCAACGGAUGCACGCGACCUGAUCUCACAGCUAUGCACUGUGGAUGUGUCAAAACGUCUGGGCAAUAUCAAAGGUGGUGCUUCGGCCAUCAAGGCGCACCCCUGGUUCAAGGACAUUGACUGGGAUGCCAUGUACCACCGCAAGAUGCAAGGUCCCAUCGUACCACAUCUACGAGGUCCCGCCGACACACGAAACUUCGACGAGUACGAUCCAGAACCUCUUCACAAGGACUCAUACACAAAAGAGCUGAAGGAGAAGUACGAAAGUGCGUUCAAAGACUUCUAA